CGAGCAGCCGCUGUUUCCUUGUGUGUGUCAGAAGCUGCGAGAACCGAGAAGCUCCGGUUCACCGAGAAGCUCCGGUUCACCGAGCCGCGAGCCCGAGACCCUCCGGAUAUUUAUAUUCAUGCUCCCGGGACCUCUUUGUGUGUCUACGUCUAUCUACGUAACCCGGAAGCAGACGGACGAAGAGAAGCUGCCGUGAACACCCCCCACCUGAAGCUAGCUGUUAGCCGUUAGCCGUUAGCUCGUCGUUAGCCUCCGCACUCUCCGCCGCUCUCACGCCGCCUCUGAGGCGAUGAGCACGGACUUACUCUCUGAGCUGGACACCCGCUUCUUCGCUGAUAACCUCCUGACCAGCGAGGACUGGGAUGCCUGCCUGUACCAGUGUGAGAGCAUGGAGGAGGGGGAGGACGCCGACUUCCCCCGAGGGCUGAAAUACAACACGACGUUUGACAACGACCUCGUGCUCUCCCUCAAUCCUGACAACCCCACAUCACCAUGGCAACACAGUGACGACAACCUGCUCACAGGAGAAACAUCGGUAACAAAAAAUGAAAUGACGAUAACUCAGCCGCUACCAGUGGAAAUGUUGUUCCAGGUGAAAGCAGAGCCUCUCUCCCCGGCGUCUUCACUCUCCUCUGAUUGCUCCGCGUCCUCCCCGGACCCUCAGGUCACGGUUAAAGGUGAAAACCCUCCGACUCCUCCGUACAUGUACGGAGACGUGCUGUCUCCUCCGCUCGGAUCCAUGGAGGUGACCGUGGCCACGUCGGCCGUGCCCCCCCCACUACAGACACAGAAGUCGUUGACGGCCCAGAUCCCAGCGGCCAUCGGUGGGUUACAGACGCAGGCGACAGUGCUGCCGAGGUCCGCCACGUUAAAGACCAACAACAUCCUGAGCACAAAACCCCCCAUCCAGCCCCGACCCCUGUGUGUCGCCUCCCGCCCUGUCCCCCAGACCCCGGCACCGGCUAAGACCCUCAUACUACAGGGCCUCCCCCCCAUGGACCAGACCAGACCCGUCGUCCUGUCUCAGUCCGUCUGUCUCGGUUCAGCUCCGGCCAUCGUCAAGAUGGAGCCGGUCUCUCCCUCCAUCACCCAGCACUGCUCCAGUCCCACAGCCCCGCCCACCAGCAAACCCAUCGUCCCGGCAACCUCCACUUUACCUGGCAACAGCUCCGGGGACGUUGACAUGAAGGUGCUGAAGCGGCAGCAGAGGAUGAUAAAGAACCGGGAGUCUGCGUGCCAGUCGAGGAAGAAGAAGAAGGAGUACCUGCAGAGCCUGGAGGCUCAGCUGAGGGAGGCGCAGCAGGAGAACGAACGACUCCGCCGGGAGAACCAGGCACUGAGGGAGAGACUGGCUGGGAAAGAGGGCAGCGACUCAGCGAGUAACAAACGAGCCGUUUGUGUCAUGGCCGUUCUGCUCUUCAUGACCUUCAGCUUUGGUCCCGUCAGCAUCACGGACAGGAAGCUGUCGACGGGCCCACAGGACAGUGUGGUGUGGUAUACAGGACGACAGCUGCUGGAGAUCGGGCAACAGCGACCGCUGCCGCAGCAGCGGCAGGUGAAGGCGGCGGCUCAGUCUCCGAGCAGAGUGGAGGACAAGACAGAGACGGAGGAGGACGGAGCGGAGGCGGACAGAUUCGCUGCAGAGUCGUAUCAUUUCAGGAACCUGAGCGACGUCUUCAGCGACAUGAAGGACCUGGUUCUUCAGGACAUCGAUCGUUACUUCACGUCCUCAGACUGUCGACAGUUCAAUCGCUCCGAGUCCCUGAGGUUGGCGGACGAGCUGAGAGGUUGGGUUCAUCGACAUCAGAUCGACAGGAAGAAGUCUGGAGGGAAACCAAAGAUUGCUAAGAAGGCUAAGAUCGCCCAGAAAGCUCAGCUGAGGAAGACAAACUUCUCCAGAUAUCUGCCGAUUCAGACCCAUCGCUCCCUCGAGAGUCAGCUGCAGGUGCUUCCUGGUCCUGAGGUCACGUACAACGACUUCCUGGACGCCAUCGACCGCAGAGAGGACACUUUCUACGUCGUCUCGUUCCGACGGGACCACCUGCUGUUACCGGCCAUCAGCCACAAUAAAACCAGCCGACCCAAAAUGUCUCUGGUGAUGCCGGCCAUGUCCGUUAACG